AUGGGCAGAAGCCUUUGCAGAUCAGUUAUGCCUGUAACAUUAAAUAUGAACAUGGCUAUGCCUUCUUGGUUUGAUAUCAUUGGGCUUUCACCAGAUUCUCAGGCGGAUGAACCUAGAAUUAAAUGGGCAGCAGAAAAUGUAAAAGCUUUCAUAGAGCAAGGAGUGAAGAAUGGCAUUCCUUCUAACAGAAUUAUUUUGGGAGGAUUUUCUCAGGGAGGAGCUUUAUCUUUAUACACUGCUCUAACCACACAGCAGAAACUGGUGGGUAUCACUGCACUUAGCUGCUGGCUUCCACUUCGGGCUUCAUUUCCACAAGGUCCUAUCAGUGGUGUUAACAAAGAUAUUUCUAUUCUCCAGUGCAAUGGAGGUUGUGACCUUUUAGUUCCCAUAAUGCUUGGUUCCAUUACUGUUGAAAAUUUAAAAUCAUUGGUAAAUCCAGCCAAUGUAACCUUCAAAACCUAUGAAGGCAUGAUGCAGAGUUUGUGUCAACAGGAAAUGAUGGAUGUCAAGCAAUUCAUUGAUAAACUCCUACCUCCAAUUGAUUAA